CUUGGUGUUUAUGCGCGAAUUGUUUGUUUUUAUUACAUUUUUGUGUUUAAACAAGUGAAACAAUACUAAAAUACUGGCUUAACUAUGUGAUUUAGUGCUAUUAAGUGUGUUACGAGUUAGCAAAAUGCCUUAUUAUUGCACAGUGCCGCGUUGUACAUCAAUGGCCGGAAAAGCUAAGAAUGUUUCUUUUCAUCAAUUUCCGAGGGAUGAGGAGCUUGCACGGCUGUGGAAUAAAAUCCUGAAAAGGGGCAAGCCAUAUACAAAAUACUCUAAAGUAUGCAGUUUGCAUUUUAGACCUGAGGAUUAUACAAUAACAAGCGUGGGAAAAAAUAAAGGGCAAUGGCGAACGCUCCGUAAAGAUGCCAUCCCCUCACAGAAUUUACCAUCAGAGUUACCAGCACCGACCACACAUCGAACCAGGAACUCCGUGACAUGGAUGCCUAAUAACUUGCCUACCAAUGUGAUCGACCCUCGAAUGCAGCAUCAGAUGGCACAGGCUAUAUACAUGCAGACCAUGCUGGCCAUGCAAGCUGCUACGAAUGGUACCCAAAAUUUUCCCACACAAGGGCCAAACGAUACGAAACCCACGGAUUUGACCACAUCACAUCCGACAAAUUUUUCCAUAACCGACAUAGAACGACUGUUACAGAAACACGCCAACAGAAAUGGCAUAGAAAGGCUUCAGGAAAACCAAAAAGAUCUAGAUCCUCACAAUACUAAUACGUCUUAUAAGUGCCAGGAAUGUUCAAAAUGUUUCAAGGAUCCAGACGUUUUCGUCCUCCACAGACGGACACAUUCCAAAAAUCCAGAAAUCCAAGAACGACUUCCAGAUAGUCUUCCAGAAAAGGAGAAUUUUAACGCAAAUUCAGAUAUCGCUAAUCAGGAUACCUUAAGAGCCAAUCCUAUUCUAGCUAAUUUGCUAAAAUCUGGCAUUGCACCAUCUAACGACACGCCAGACGGUGUAAAUAGUUUCAAUGCUAUUUUUGAUGCUAAUAAUAUAUUGAGCAUAGAAAAUCAGAUUAUGACGGCUCUGGCAGCUAACAUGGAGAGCUACAUUCGAAAUCUGUCGUCAAUGUUCACACAAGCGAAAAGCCCCGAAGAAACUAGCGAUUAUAAUGAUAACGAAGACAACUCAACGGAAAACGAAAACGUGGACGGAGAGAGUUCUUCAAACGAUAACUUCGCGAAAACGGACAACGACUCAACGAGCUAUAGUCAUAAUUUCCAAAAGGAAUAUGAGAAUUUUAAAAAUGAUCGGCAGAAUUCCGAAAUCGAUGAGUCGUACGCGGUUAAAGAUCCUCAGGAAAGCGAUACUCAUAAUUUCGAAGAGGCCGUUCGAAACUUCGAAAGCAAGUCGCCAUACGUCGAAAAGGAUUCUUCUAAUUUCGAAAAUAGUCCUUCGAGUCCGGAAAAGGAUCCUCAGACUUUCGAAAGUGGACCUAAGAGUUUGGAAGAUGGUAAUAUUCCACAGAAUUUUGAACAGGAUGUUCAAAACAUGGCGCAGGAAUGUCAGAAUUUAACAAAUCAGGGUUCGGAGAACGGAAGUUCUGAACCCAACUGUGAUAAAGAAGACUUAAAUGAUUCAAGAGACUCAAGUAAUUUAGUAAUAGACGAGAAUUUGUAAGUACCUUUCUAUAUAUUUUUUUAUAUUUUUUCUGUGCUACCGUUAGGAAACGAUGUAAUUUAUUUUUAAAGCGAUAUUGCAUAUUUCAAACAUGCACCGACAAAGUUCAGAAAAAUCGAUCUUAUUACUAUACUGUGAUUGUUAUUUGUAAGGUUACAUGAUGGUUGUAACAAUAUUGAACAUCGACAGAAUUAGUGCCGACAGAGUUUAGAAAAAUCUACUUUAUUAUUACUGAUCUAUGCUUUUAAUUUGAAUGGGUCAUAUUCUGUCUGCUAAAAACCAUGGUUUGUUUCACAAUAUUUUGACAAACAGUAUUAUGAUUCAACAAAUAACGAUCACAGGAAAGUAAUCUCUCUUGGGUCGGUUCCUCAUGUCUGAGGAUCGUGGUCAGCAUCAGGGUUGCCUGGAGCGGAUGAUCUGCUUCCACCGGUUUCUGUCCAGCGCUUCCCUUACUGUGUAGAACUUGGAUGACGACGAGUCUUUCACUUGAUCAGUCCGUCUAGUUGGUGAACGACCACGCGAUCUUUUGCCUUCAGUGUUCCCAACCACAGUCAGAUUUUCUAAACUGUCAUCACCUCUGCGCAUCGUGUGGCCGAAACAGGAAAGUAAUAAUAAGGUCCAUUUUUCUUUCAAUCCUAAGUCAUGGAUUGAAAUAUUUAAUAUUGCUCUCAGCUGCAGCCUGAUAUUUUCGGAUAGAUAUGAAAUAGCAUAUAAAAAACUUUACUUUUUGAUAUUAGCUUUAGAUUUUUGCAAUAUCAUUGCAAUUACCCAAAGAUUGGAUUUCAAUCAAUCAAUCGUACAAACGUAAUGAACAUUAAACAAAAUAAUAACUUUUUUGUUUUUUUUCUGCAAAUCAGUCGCAAGACUAAUCAGAUUUGAUACAUUGCUAUUAAUUUGUUAGAAAGAGAGUAUAAAGCAACCAAUGUCACUGCUUUUCUUUUUUUUUUUUGAAAGUUUUUUUUUCGUUGUAAAAUAUAAAUAAUCAUGUAUGCCAUCUGAUUUUCUAUUAUAUUAUUAUUGCAAGUUUUAAUUUUGUUUAAUGCGGGUACUUUAAGAAUAAUCGGGCUCCAGCUUUUCUUUUUUUUUUUCAAAUAUCCCACCUCUUAUAUUAAAUGCUAUGUAUAUUUUUUGUACUUUCUUUAUUAUAAGGAUUAGUCUUACUUAAUUUGUCAAGUGAAUAUUUCGUAACGUAAUUUAUACCGCAUACAAGUUCAAAGAAAAAAAAUACAAGAAAAAUAAAAAAUUAAGUGCAUUUCAGUUUUCGAGUAGGUAUGUAUGUUGUCCUUUUGUUUAAAAAGUUCGAUUUUGGGCCAACGAUAUUGCCCAUCGACAGAAUUAGUGCAAAAAAAAUGUUCUUCAUUUGAAUGGGACAUAUUCUGUCAGCUAAAACCCCAUGGUUUGUUAGUUAAUUUUCGUUUUUAUGCUUUCUUGUAGUUUUUUUUUUCUUUUUUUCAAAUACACGGAAUAUUUUUCGAAAUAUUUAAGAUUUCUUUACUGAUCAACCGCGAUUACAGGCCGUAGUAGAUAUUAGGCCGAAAUUAUAAAAAGAAAAAUAUUUCAUGUGAUAAGUAUAAAAAAAAAUAAGUAACCGGUAGAGGUUACUUUUGCUCCACUAACUAUUAUGAGGAAAAAAAAUGCAAUCUCCACCGAAAUAUUUAACAAAAAAAAGACUGUAAAGAGAUUUCUAGACUUACUUUUUCAAAAGACUGCUCCCCACCGAUUUUUUACAUUUUUAUACCAUUUUGUAUAAUAUAAUUAAUUAAGCGUAAACAUUUAAAAAGAAACAUUUUGUUAUUUAGUGCUACUAAUCGUAAUUUCACCAAAACUCACAGAUAUGGGAGUUUUUUUUUUUUUUUUUCAAAGAAUAUGUCAUAUUUCGGCGUAGUAUUGAUUUUAGUUUUUUUUUUCCCAGUGAAAUACCCUAUUGUAAAUGUUAAUCGCGACAUAACAUUAGCUUUCAACUAUAUCCCGAUUGGGGUAGUCAGAGGUACAUCCAUCGCAAGAUGAACAAAGUACCCACUAUUCACCGAAAGCUAAUUUAUCGGGUAUCUAAUGAAUCCAAUUAUAAAGAUGACAUAAACUCACGCCUAUUU